GUCACAUGGUCCACAUUGUUGCAUCUCGCGGGACGUUACAGUGAGAAUGCAGGAGGAAAACGUGUGCAUGGUGUAAAUAAUAAUGUUAGCUGAUCAAGUCAUUUAAUCUCUAACUACCUAAUUUAGCGCCGUACUGUAUGAACUUCAUGUUAAAAUGAGAAAACUGUGAUCAGACUGCGGGUUGGUUUUCACAAGUAAAAAUUUGCAAGCCCUGCCUGGAAAUCCAUUUGGAAGUUUUAUUAGUGAGGUUCAGUAGCUGCUUCAGCUGACGAUGGCAGACACUUGUUCCAGCUCUGAGCCAGCCAAAGCCAUCAGGGCCAUCGAUAAACGCUCUGUGCAUCAGAUCUGCUCUGGUCAGGUGGUGUUGACUUUAGCUACAGCUGUUAAAGAGCUGGUAGAGAACAGCAUUGAUGCAGGCGCUACACAAGUUGACAUCAGGCUCAAAGAGAACGGGACAGAGCUGGUGGAAGUCUCAGACAACGGACAUGGAGUGGAGGAGGAUAACUUUGAAGGCCUAACCUUAAAGCACCAUACAUCGAAACUGAGAGAUUUUUCAGACUUAAUUCAUGUUGAGACAUUUGGCUUUCGUGGUGAAGCCCUGAGCUCACUGUGUGCUCUCAGUGACCUCUGCGUUGUGACCUGUCAUGAGAGUAGCCACAUUGGCACUCGGCUCAUUUUCGACCACAAUGGCUGUCUCAUCCAGCGAGCUCCCCAUCCCCGGCAGCAGGGGACCACUGUCAGCCUUCAGCAGCUUUUCUGCACGCUGCCGGUUCGCCACAAAGAGUUUCAGCGCAACAUCAAAAAGGAGUUUUCUAAAAUGGUCCACGUCCUGCAGUCAUACUGCAUCAUCUCCACUGGUGUGCGCAUCACGUGCACUAAUCAGCUUGGUCAAGGCAAACGUAACACAAUAGUGUGCACCAGCGGGAGCCACAGCAUGAGGGACAACAUUGGAGCCCUGUUUGGGCCAAAACAGCUCCAGAGUUUACUCACUUUUCAACAAAUAUCUCCCAACGAGACUGUUAAAGAGGAUUAUGGGCUAUCUGGGGAGGAACUUCCUAAAGACCUUUUCACCAUCACUGGUUACGUUUCACUAGCCGAUCAUGGUGUGGGACGAAGUGCAACUGACCGACAGUUCUUCUUUAUUAAUAAAAGGCCCUGUGAUCCAUCCAAGGUUUCCAAGAUUGUAAAUGAAGUCUACCACAUGUUCAAUCGUCAUCAGUACCCAUUUGUUGCUCUAAACAUUUCUGUUGCUUCAGAAUGCGUCGAUGUCAAUGUCACACCCGAUAAACGUCAGAUAUUUCUGCAGGAAGAGAAGUUGUUGCUUGCUAUUCUGAAGAGUUCUCUUAUUGCUAUGUAUGAGACUGGAGUCAAUAAAAUCAGUCUCAACUCCACACCACAUAUCACAAACAGUUUUUCUCGAUGUAGUGAUUCUGCUGAAAAGUCAGAAGGUAGCAGAAACCCCUCGCUUUCUGGAAUGACUUCAGAUGUUGUUUCAGAGUCUUUCACACCGACCCCAAAGACAUCCUUGAACUUAGCUGGAUUAAAGGCAGCAUUUUCAAAACAACAGGUUACUGGUGUCGGGACAAAGACCUCUACCAGCAAAACUGUGCAUAAUGGUCUGAAUCAGAAAAACAUACAUUCUUUUUUCUACUGCCCUGAAAAGACUAGCUACAGCAGAUCCUCCGAUACUGUUCCUCAAAAAGCAACACCAUUGAUAGCUUUGAAAUCGGGAUUAACGAAGCAUGAGCACAAGUCAGACAUGGAGGCUGAUUCUGGUCUGUCAGAACAUGGCUCCAUCACAGAAACCCCAGAGAUUCUGUCUGGUAGCGCGUCUGGAUUUGACUCUCUAGACUCUGUUGUAAACGAACCUGGCAUUAAAUCAGAGCCUUGCAGUGAGUCUGUGGACGAGGUGCAUGAUGAAUUGGAAAUGUCAGAGCAAGAGGCAAUGCCUGUUAUUAAUACUGAUAGGAUUUCAAGUCCCAAGGCAAAAAGAUUCAGGUUGGCUGAUAAUCCAUCGGAACAGCCCAGACUGAUAUCCAGUGCAAGCAGUGCUUCCUGUGAACUGUUUGACAAACCGGUCAAUAUGCAGAGGAAAACAGUGCCUUUACAGUUUUCAAUGACUGAACUGGUUAAAAGGAUGGAAAGACUGAAAACCCAGCGAAGAGAGCAAAAUGAUCAGGACACAAAAUAUAGACGCUUCAGGGCAAGGAUUAACCCUGGUGAAAACCAGAGUGCUGAGGAUGAGUUAAAGAAAGAGAUAAGUAAGGACAUGUUUAAGGAGAUGGAGAUCAUUGGUCAGUUCAACCUGGGAUUUAUCAUUACCAAAUUAAAGUCAGAUCUUUUUAUGAUCGACCAGCACGCCACAGACGAGAAAUACAACUUUGAGAUGCUACAACAACAUACUGUUUUAAAAGGACAGAGACUUAUAGUUCCACAGAAUCUACACCUUCCUGCUGUAAGUGAAACUAUACUGAUUGAAAAUCUCGAAAUUUUCAAGAAAAAUGGCUUUGACUUCCUCAUUGAUGAGAAUGCUCCAGUCAUGGAGAGAGUAAAGCUGGUAUCUGUACCCACAAGUAAGAACUGGACCUUUGGCCCAGGUGACAUUGAGGAGCUCAUAUUCAUGCUUAGUGACAGUCCUGGAGUCAUGUGCAGGCCUUCUCGAGUCAGGCAGAUGUUUGCUUCAAGAGCAUGCCGCAAAUCAGUAAUGAUCGGGACUGCACUGAAUACCAGUGAAAUGAAGAAACUGGUGACCCACAUGGGGGAAAUCGAGCAGCCGUGGAACUGUCCUCACGGCAGGCCGACCAUAAGGCACCUAGUGAACCUCGAUGUAAUUUCUCAGGACUGAUCCCUAAUGAAACACUUCAGUGUUUUAUCCCGUAGCUGCUGUUUCUCAGUCUCUGGCUGGAGCACACUUAAGAAUACAUGGUUUCCUGUACAGUCUAAAUCAUAUACUUUAUUGCCAUUUUAAUCUUUGUUAUAGGGCAGUACAUUUUAUUUAAUGUCAUUUAAUUCAUUUUACUUAUUGUUUUAUAUUCGUGUACGUUUCUUUUAUUUGUACUUUAAUAAAGGCAUUGAUGAGAAA